ACAACAACAUCCAGAGCCACUGCACAAGGUACCACCGCACAGGACUACAGGACCAACAGCAUCCGGAGGCUGAGAGCUGGAGGACUGAGACACACCCGCUUCCUACGAGCCAAUCGGACACAGAUCAGAUCAGGAUGUUUGGAGGUGUGUCCGGGCGAAUCCAAAAGGACCGGCAGAGGGCUGGAGGUCUGGGCUCAGUCCACCAGGCUGUACUUUACCUGAACCAGGACUUCCAGGCCCUGAAAGAGGACUGUCUGCAGAAUGGAUCCAUGUUCGAGGAUCCAAUGUUCCCCGCAGAACCAGCCUCACUGGGCUUCAAGGAACUCGGACCCUUCACUGCCAAGACCAGAGGGGUGGAGUGGAAGAGACCAACGGAGCUGACAGAGGACCCUCAGUUCAUCGUGGGUGGAGCCACCAGGACCGACAUCUGCCAGGGAGCUCUGGGAGACUGCUGGCUGCUGGCUGCUAUCGGCUCUCUGACUCUGAAUGAACGGCUGCUGCAUCGUGUCGUUCCUCACGGUCAGAGCUUCAACUACCAAUAUGCCGGCAUCUUCCACUUCCAGUUCUGGCAGUUCGGGGAGUGGGUGGACGUGGUGAUCGACGACCGUCUGCCGGUCAAAGACGGAGAGCUGAUGUUUGUCCACUCGGCUGAAGGCAGUGAGUUCUGGAGCGCUCUGCUGGAGAAGGCCUAUGCCAAGUUGAACGGCUCGUACGAGGCGUUGUCCGGCGGCAGCACCACUGAAGGUUUUGAGGAUUUUACGGGCGGAGUGGCAGAGAUGUUUGAGCUGAAGAAAGCUCCCAGAGAUCUCCAUCGUAUCAUCAGCAAAGCUCUGGAGAGAGGAUCACUGCUGGGCUGCUCCAUUGAUAUCACCAGCGCCUUCGACAUGGAGGCAGUGACCUUCAAGAAGCUGGUUAAAGGUCACGCCUACUCUGUGACCGGACUCAGACAGGUGGACUACCGCGGUCGACAGGAGCGUCUGAUCCGGAUCAGAAACCCCUGGGGUCAGGUGGAGUGGACUGGGGCCUGGAGCGACAGCUCCUCAGAGUGGAACUCCAUCGACUCUGCAGAGAAAGACGAGAUGCUCUGUAAGAUGGAAGACGGAGAGUUCUGGAUGUCUUUCCAGGACUUUCUGCGUCAGUUCUCCAGGUUAGAGAUCUGUAAUCUGACCCCGGAUGCUCUCAGUCAGGAUUCCACCAGUUUCUGGACCACCGUGACGUUCGAAGGUGGCUGGAGGAGAGGAAGCACUGCCGGGGGCUGCAGGAACCAUCCCAACACGUUCUGGAUCAACCCACAGUAUAAGGUCUGUCUGCUGGAGGAGGAUGACGACCCUGAGGACAACGAGGCUGCGUGCAGCUUCCUGGUGGCUCUGAUGCAAAAAGACCGCCGCCGCCACCGCCGCCAUGGACAGGACAUGCACACCAUCGGCUUCGCCAUAUACCAGAUUCCUGAGGAAUACCAAGGCUGUCCCAGCGUCCACAUGAAGAAGGAUUUCUUCCUGCGUCAGUCCUCCUGUGCUCGUUCCGAGACCUUCAUAAACCUGCGAGAGGUGAGCGCCAGGCUCCGCCUCCCACCGGGCGAGUACCUGAUCGUCCCGUCAACCUUCGAACCCUCGAAGGAGGCCGACUUCGUCCUGAGGGUGUUCACCGAGAAACAGUCCGAGACCGAGGAGAUGGACGACGACGUGGAGGUGAAGUUUGAUGAAGAGGAGAAUAUCUCAGACAGCGACAUCGAUGAUUCCUUCAGGUCCAUGUUCGCUCAGCUGUCCGGAGACGACAUGGAGAUCUCAGUGCGAGAGCUCAGGACCAUUCUGAACCGAGUCGUGUCCAAGCACAGAGACCUGCAGACUGAUGGUUUCAGUAUGGAGUCCUGCAGAGCCAUGGUCAGCCUCAUGGAUAAAGACGGCAGCGCUCGGCUCGGUCUGCUGGAGUUUCAGAUUCUUUGGAACAAGAUCAGGAAGUGGCUGGGAAUCUUCAGAGAGUUCGAUCUGGAUAAAUCAGGAUGCAUGAGCUCCUACGAGAUGCGACUGGCGCUGGAAAAUGGCGGGUUCAAACUGAACAACAAGCUGUAUCAGAUGCUGGUCGCUCGAUACGCUGACAACGAGAUCAUCGACUUCGACAACUUCACCUGCUGCCUGGUCAAACUGGAGGCCAUGUUCAGGGCUUUCCAGGAGCUGGACAAGGACGGGACAGGAACUGUAGAGAUGAACAUCAUCGAGUGGCUGUGUAUGACCAUGUGUGGCUGAAGAAACUUCCUGCCGCUGAACUUCUAAGUGCCUCCGACAGGAAGAACAACACAACAGCUAAUAACCAACCUGAGCAUGAAAAGAUCCCGCUGCAGCUGUACCACACUGCUGACAUCGAAGUCUUCCCACGUCACCUCCGGGGCAUUGAGGAUCACUGCCGCCAGAACAGAAAGACAUGGAAAAAAUAAAUAUUCUCAGUGAAAUCACCAUCACAUCAUUUUAGUUCACAUUCAACAAUUUGAAAAAGGAAUUUAAAAAACGGGAAACACUGUGGUAUCUCAUUGGUAGAUUCCACUAAAUAUAUUUAUUUAAGAUUUAAACUUUUAGGGGAAAACAUUAAAGAAAUGAAUGAAAUUUCCGACAGUGUGGAGAAGCCUUGAAACAUUAGACGAGUAGUCGCCAACUUUUCAUGUCCAAGCUUAGGGGGUGUUAUGUAGAGUUGAAGGGCUAAUAUUCAGCUGCUGUCCCGUAACCAGAUGUUAAAAUCAAAACAGCAUGUCGUAAAGCAGAAUGAUCGAAUGGUACAAAUCUAUAUCUGUUUGCGCUGUGCUUCACAAUAAAAGCCUCCCUUUGAUUCAAG